AUGACAGGAGAACUAAAUGACAGUAUGACAACCAUUGAUCUGGUAAUGAAUGAUGAACAGUUUCCAAAAAAGAACGUGCUGGUGGAGGAGUUGUUACUGGCAUCUGGUGGGGAGAGCCCAGAGAUGCUGCAGACACCCUGUUUUGGAGGUGCCCUGGGUUACCUUUUGGGUGGCAUCGACUGGGCUCAUCUGGAGACAGGAAGAGCACUGGGCACAGAAUUCCAGGUCAUGUUCUUCUUCUCCGCCUUGGUGCUCACUCUGUGUUUUAUUAUUCAUCUCUGCAGUAUCCCUGAAGCCCCACUUAGAGAUGUUACAAGGGACAUAUCCCCACAGCAAGCCCCCCAGGACUUUGCAUUGUCAUCAGACAAAAUGUACCAGUAUGGGUCUAUUGAGAAAGUCAAAAAUGGUUCUGUAAACCCAGAACUGGCAUUGCAGGGAGACAAAACCAAAAAUUCUGCUGGACAGUAUAGGAAAGCGAUGACCAUGAAGUCACUGCUGAGGGCGCUGGUGAACAUGCCUCCCCAGUACCACUGCCUUUGCAUCAGCCACUUCAUUGGAUGGACCGCCUUCCUAUCUAACAUGCUCUUCUUCACAGAUUUCAUGGGUCAGAUUGUGUACCACGGGGAUCCCUACAGUGCACACAACUCCACAGAGUUUCUCAUCUACGAAAGAGGGGUCGAGGUUGGAUGUUGGGGCUUGUGCAUCAAUGCCGUGUUUUCCUCACUUUAUUCUUACCUUCAGAGACCUUUGGGAUCCUACGUAGGGUUGAAAGGUCUUUACUUCCUGGGGUAUUUUCUAUUUGGCCUGGGGACAGGAUUGAUUGGACUUUUCCCGAAUGUCUACUCCACCCUGACUAUGUGUACCUUGUUUGGUGUGAUGUCCAGCACUCUGUACACUGUGCCCUUCAGCCUCAUUGCCAAGUACCACCGUGAGGAGCAGGAUGAGAAGAGACGGCAGGCCCCAGGAUGGAGCCUGGACAGCGAUGGGAGAGGGCAGGGCCUGGAUUGCGCUGUCCUCACCUGCAUGGUGCAGCUGGCUCAGAUCCUAGUCGGAGGUGGCCUGGGCUUCCUGGUCAACAAGGCUGGGAGCGUCAUCGUGGUAAUCACGGCCUCUGCAGUGUCGCUGAUCGGCUGCUGUUUUGUGGCUCUCUUUGUUAAAUACGUGGACUAGGUCAAUAAACAUUGUCCCUACCCUCAGACACUGGGAAGUCCAUGGCAGAAAAUCAAUCUCUUUCUUUGGCUCUACAGUUUUGGGGUCUGCCC